AUGGCUGAAGAGGUGAUUCACGGAAUGAGGAACAUGAAACUAACCAUGGAAGAAGAAGAAGUUAUACCAGUCUCUGAUGAAGGACGAAAGGAAGAGAUUGAGAGCUGCAAUCAAAGUUUAGUGGGGAAAUUCCUGACUUGUAAACCAUUCAAUAAAAGAGCGGCUUUGUUCACCCUGAAAAAAGCGUGGGGGCUGGAAGAUGGAGUACAGAUAGUUGAGGUGGGGGCCAAUCUUUUUCAGUUCAAGUUCAGGACGGAAUUCGAUAUGGAAAGAGUUCUUCGAGGAGGGCCGUGGUCCUUUGACAACCAAGCUUUGAUGCUAAGGCGUUGGCAGAAGGGUAUGACGGCAGCGAACGUGAAGUUUGAGACAGCGUCACUAUGGGUCCAGAUUUGGGGGGCUCCCUUUGACAUGAUAUCUCCAAAGGUGGCCGAGGAGAUUGGAGGUAGACUGGGUACAGUGGAAGCAGUGGAAAAAAGAUCAACAAAAGAAGUACAGAGUCUGUUCAUGAGGGUUAAGGUAGCAAUUCCUAUCUCUAAGCCGAUUAGAAGAGGAGGCUAUGUUGCGGGUUCGGAUGGAGAGCGAAGUUGGGUAAACUUUAAGUACGAACGUCUGCCAAUCUUCUGCCAUUAUUGUGGAUUACUGGGACACGAUAUUAAGCAUUGUGCAGGCCACUAUGCAGCAUCCAAAAGGAACAGAGAGGUGUGCUAUCAGUACGGGGAGUGGUUACGUGCAUCUGGCCUGCGUUCAUGGUCACCUCCAAAACAGGGCUCAGGCCGGUCUGCUUCAACUGAUGCAGAGGGGGGUGGGGUGGUCGGAAGUGAGGAGAGGGCAGAGGGUAAGCAGCUGGCGGCGGACACAGCAGUUGAACCAAACCCUAGCAGAAGUGUAACGCAUGGAAAAGGAAAUAACGUAAAUGGAGGAGUUGAUCCAGAUUCUGUGGGAUUGAGUGCAAUUAAUGUGGAGAGGGGUGAUACGGCUAAUAAUGGGGGGAUAAAUGAGGAAGUUACGGUUAAAAAAGUGUCGGAUGGUAAUAAGGGUGAGACUAACGUAAAGGAGGUGCAUGCAUUAGGUGAAGUCAACGUAAAAAAUAAUGUGGGCAGUGAGGGGUGUACCAAGCUGGACAAAGCCAAGCCUAAGUGGAUUAGAGUGCCACGUAUGGACGGCGGGGGUGAUGGAUCACCCUUGCCGUUCACAAUGAAAAUAUUAAGUUGGAACUGCCAAGGGCUUGGGAACCCUUGGACAGUUCGUAGUCUUCGCAAAAUGGUGAAGGAUCAAGCUCCCACGAUUUGUUUUCUGAUGGAAACAAGAUUGGACAGGAAUGGUUUCAAGAAACGGUGUAAGAAUUUGCCUUUUCCGAAUCAGUUCAUAGUAAAGAAACCUGAUUCUGGGGGAGGUCUGGCAUUACUUUGGAAAGAAGAGGUGGUACUUGAUGUAGUUAAUUUCACGGAAAACCAUGUACUAGCGAAGGUGAUAGAGGAAGAUGGGUUCGUUUGGUAUUUGACUGGUUUCUAUGGGUGGCCGGAAUCAACUCAGAAGUUUAAAUCUUGGGCUUUGCUAACCCAUUUGUUGUCUUUUGUAGAUGGUCCUUGGAUGUGCAUAGGAGACUUUAACGCAAUCUUGCAUUCUUCAGAGAAACUAAGUAGAAGGCCACCAAUAUACAAGCAAAUGGAGGAGUUUAGGGAGGCGUUGGAGCGAUGCCAAUUACACGACUUGGGGUUUCAUGGGUACCCCUACACAUGGAACAACAAAAGGCCGGGGGCUGCCAACACUAGGCAGCGUCUUGACCGGGCUGUGGCUAUGGAAAGUUGGAGAGCAAAGUUUCCAGCAAGCUCUCUAACACAUCUAUUCUCUCAUGCCUCUGACCAUGUACCUAUAAUUCUACACAUUAAGAAAGCUAAUAAGAUGUGUCCAAGAUUCUCAAGAAGUUUUAAAUUCGAGGAGGCGUGGCUUUUAUGGGAGGAUUGUGAGCAAGUGAUCCAAGAUGCAUGGAAUAAGGAAGCAAGGGCAGAUUCGGGUUUGGCAAGAAUAAAGGAGAAAAUAGUAACAUGUGGUGGGGAUUUGCAUGCUUGGGGUUCUUCUAGAACUCACCCGGACGUGGACAAAAUAAAAAGACUCCAAGCUAAGGUGGAGGCACUUGGGAAGGGAGAGUUGACUGAAGAUAGCAAAAUGGCUCUUUUGGAAGCAAGCAAAGAGCUGGAUGAUCUCUUGUUAAAACAAGAAAUCUAUUGGGCGCAACGUUCAAGAAUUUCUUGGUUGAAACAUGGAGAUAAGAAUACAAAGUUUUUUCAUUCUAAAGCAUCACAGAGAAAGAGAAGGAACUUUAUUGAGGGGAUUAGGGACCACGCAAACAACUGGGUGACGGAGAAUGAUGAGAUUGCAGAAGUAGCGGUGAACUAUUUUGAGAACAUUUUCAAAGCAGGUGACUGUGACCGGAUGGAGGAAUGUCUUGAGGCUAUUCAUCACAGAAUUACUCCUGAGAUGCAAUAUAUCUUGUCCAGUGACUUUAGUCCGGAGGAAAUAAAAGCAGCGGUGUUCCAAAUGGGACCAACAAAGGCUCCUGGACCAGACGGUAUGAAUGCUUUAUUUUAUCAAAAAUUCUGGCAUGUGGUUGGUGAUGAUGUGAUUAAUGCGGUGUUAGAUUUUCUAAAUAAUGGGGUUAUGUCACCUGAUGUUAAUGUUACUCAAAUUGUCCUCAUCCCAAAAAUCAAAUCCCCGGAAAAAAUGCCAGAUUUUAGACCAAUCAGCUUGUGUAAUGUUAUUUACAAAACAAUUUCAAAGGUUUUGGCAAACAGGCUGAAGCAAAUACUCCCCCAAUUGAUUUCUCCUACUCAAAGUGCCUUUGUACCCGGGCGACUUAUUACAGAUAAUAUUUUAGUUGCCUAUGAACAAUUACAUGCCAUGCAUUCCCGUAAAAAAGGAAAAACUGGUUCUUUUGCUUUGAAGCUGGAUGUUAGUAAAGCGUAUGAUAGGGUGGAGUGGGCCUUUCUAAAAGGGAUUAUGACAAAGUUGGGUUUUUCCAGGUUUUGGAUUGACCGGGUAAUAUGUUGUAUCUCCACGCCUUCUUUCUCUGUUUGUAUUAAUGGUAAAUCUUAUGGAAAUAUUAAACCCUCUAGGGGGCUCCGUCAAGGAGACCCGUUGUCCCCUUAUUUGUUUCUUCUAUGUGCUGAAGGGUUUACUUCUUUACUGACAAAUGCUGAAUUGGAAGAUAGGCUUCAUGAUGUUAAAAUUUGCAGGAGAGCUCCUAGUAUUUCUCACCUUCUCUUUGCAGAUGACUCAUUGCUUUUUGGCCGUACUACUAGAGAAGAAGUUAGAGUGAUUAUGGAGGUAUUGAAGCUGUAUGAAUCGGCAUCUGGACAAUGCAUCAACCUCGAAAAAUCAUCGGUGUAUUUCAGUAGCAAUACAGAGGCAAGGCAAAGGGAUUGGAUUAAAAGCACAUUGGGGGUUAAGGAGGUGGAUAGAUUCGAGUCAUAUUUGGGUCUACCUACAUUAGUUGGGCGCUCAAAGUACCAAACUUUUUCCUUCCUCACGGAUAGAGUUUGGAAAAAAUUACAAGGUUGGAAGGGCAAAUUAUUGUCUAAAGCAGGAAAAGAAGUGCUCAUUAAAGCAGUUGCACAAUCCGUACCUACUUACACAAUGGGGGUGUUUCAAUUACCAGUGAAGUUGUGUAAUGAGCUAAAUGCCAUGUGUGCAAGAUUCUGGUGGGGACAAGUGGGCAAUGAGAGGAAAAUUCAUUGGCGGAGUUGGGAUCUGUUGUCCAAACCAAAAAAGGAGGGAGGGAUGGGCUUUAGAGAUAUCCGGAGUUUCAACCUUGCAAUGUUAGCUAAACAGGGAUGGAGGUUAAUGCAGGAUACUAAUUCAUUAAUGUAUGGGUGCUUCAAGGCAAAAUACUUUCCUAGAUGUAAUUUCUUGGAAGCGGGAGUGUCUCCUAACAGUUCCUAUGUUUGGAGAAGCAUUAUGGCUGCUCAAGAAAUUUUAAGAAAAGGGAGCUGCUGGAGAGUGGGAGAUGGGUCGGCAAUUCGGGUUAAUCGGGACAAAUGGAUUCCCAAUCAUCCAACCAACAUGGUGAUUCAUCCAUCACAAGAUGAUGAGUGGGAGUGGAGGGUGGUGGAGUUGAUCGAUUGGACAACUCGGACUUGGGACAGACAAUUGGUGGAAAUGAAAUUCCAUCCUGAAGAUGCUGAAGCAAUUCUUCGAAUACCACUGAGUAGGAGAUUGGGUACAGACAAGCUGUUUUGGUUACACAAUAGGGAAGGGAAGUAUAAGGUAAAAUCCGGAUAUCACUUAGCGAAACAGCUGGAACGGGAAGCGGAAUCUCAAGAGGAGUGUUCUAAAGGGGUGGAGGUCAGUCCGGUGUGGUGCAAGUUGUGGAAACUCAAACUUCCCAACAAGAUUAAAAUUUUUGCGUGGAGGGCUUGUCAUAAUAUCCUCCCUACCAGUGAAAAUCUUGUUCGGAGGCGAGUGAUUGAUGAUAGCACUUGUGAGUUGUGUCAAAGAGAAAUGGAAUCGGUUCUACAUGUGUUAUGGGAAUGCAAUGUGGCGGUGCACGUAUGGGCAGGGAGUUUGAAGAGAAUUCAGAAGUGUGGAGGAAGGUAUGAUAGUUUUAUGCAGCUAUUGGAGAUGUUGUUUUACAGACUGCCUUUGGAGGAAGUGGAGCUGUUUGUGGUGCAAGCCUGGCUAUUGUGGACACAGCGAAACAAGGUCAAGAAUGGAGGCAUGAUUCAAGACCCGAAUCAAUUGGUGAAGCGGGCCUCUGUUUUUUUGGAGGAAUACAGAGCAUCACAGGAACACCUUGCUGUUCCGGUCGUGGUAGAGAGGAGUUCGAGAUGGGUGCCGCCUUCUGAAAACCGGUUCAAACUCAACUUUGAUGCAGCCAUUUUCCAAGAAAUCCAUGCGUCGGGCUUCGGGGCCAUAAUCCGGAACGAGAGGGGCGAAGUAAUGGCGUCUUUCUCAGCUAGAGGACCUUCCGUUGUAGACAGUGAGGAGGCUGAACUCCUUGCAUGUAGAAGAGCACUAGAGUUUGCAAUAGACACGGGGUUAACGGAUAUUGUGGUGGAAGGAGACAACUCGGUGGUCAUGAAGGAUUUACUGAGUUCGCGGACUGAGUUUUCUCGGUUGGGACAUCUGUAUGAGGACGUGAAGGGGUUGGCAGCAAGGAUGACUAAUUUGACAGUGAGCUGUGUUCAUCGCACAGCUAACUCUGUAGCGCAUUCCCUUGCCCGAUUUGCAAAGAAUAUUGAUGAUGUAAUUGUAUGGAUGGAGGACUCCCCUCCAGUGGCUAUAGAAGCUCUGUACUUUGACAGUUCUUGA